UUUUCUAUGUACUCUUUUCUUUUAUGUCACAUGUCAUGUUUACGGCUAUUUUAGUGAAGUGAUCUCUAUUUUUUCAUUUUAUUCAUAAUAUACUACGAUUAUCUCUCCUUGUGAAGAUAACAUGGAUUAUGCUGAUAUUGAAACGAGUGAAGAACUUGAAGAAGGAGAAAUAUUCGAUGACGAUCUGGAAGAAAUUUCAGACGGUUCAAUUGCACCUUCUCCAAAAACGGGUAAGUUAAAUUCAUCUGAAGAAAACUUACGUGCAAUUUCUUUAAGCAGUGUAAGCGACUUGGAAGUCUCGGGACUUUCUUCUGUUUAUCAUUCGAACUCGAAAUUACCAUCCAAAAGGGAAGAUAGGAAGAGGAAAAACCAUCACCACCACUAUCACCAUCAAAGGUCUUCAGACAGCAGCUCGGAGGAUGAAGAAAUGAUGAAGACUAAAAAGCUCUUGAAAGAUGCUAUAAGAAGAGACCAGGAAGAAAUGCAUAACAAUAGCUUGAGAACAAGAUUAAAAAAAAUGGUUGAGAGUUCCACACCUCAUGAUCUUGAAAUUGAUUCUCCCAAUAACUGUGAUAAUAAUCAAGAUGAUCCUAAACCUCUUGAAACUAAUGAUGUUUUGAAUGGUGAGGAAGAAAAUAAAAUGGAUAUGUCUCCCUCCUUAUCUGUAGAUGUAGAUGAUGAAUUGAUCCAGUUGCGGUUAGACGCUUUGAAAACAGCUGUAAUUAAUAAAUUCAAACGAAAAAAGAGAAAAAUUAGAUUGAAUAGCCAGGAGGAAACUAAAGUUUUGGAAAUUAAUAAAGAAAACUCUUCAGAUAAUGUAAAUACUCAAAUUUGUAAAUCCGAGACUUGUAUAGAGGAAAUACCAGAAAGAAAUCCAGUUGUUGUUAAUAAUAAUAGUCCAGUUAGUGCCAUAAAUUCUGAAGAUGAAGAUGAGGAUAUUUUGAGGGCAGUAUUGCUAGCAUCCAUGGCAAAAAAAAUCACUAACAAAGUUUUACCUCAAAAUCUUAAAAAAAAGCAUGAUGCUAGUAAUUUGAAGGUUCUUCAUAAAAAACAAACCAAAAAUUCCCAAGUUGUAAAUAAACCAAAUAUUGAUCUUCCUAAAAUUCAACCUAUUAUUAUAAGUAUUAACAACCCGGAUUCUGAUUCUGAUGAUGUGUUCAAUGAUCAAGACUGUGGUGCGGAACUGAAAAAUGAAAAUGCACUCGACAAAAGACAGUUAGAAAUGAAGAUUGAUAACUUCCUGAAGCAGCAGAGAGCAGAAGUAGAAGCUAAAUCCAAAGUAGUUAACACUUCACAAACUGGUGUAAAUUCACAAACAAGAAAAACUGUGAAAAUAAAUAACCUCUAUAAACUUCUUCCUCAAAAUCAACAGCUGGAAUAUGAAACAUUGAUUCGAAAACUAAAUAGUGCUCAAAAAAAGCCUAAACUGAAAAGAUUAACUGGUCGAAUAGGUGACAAUAAAAUUCAGAAAAGUAAGACUUUAUUAUCAACCACAGAAGGUAAUUCUUCCACUUCAAAUCUAUCAGAAUCUUCGCAAGAGCAGUUGAGGCUAGUACAGCACCAAGUAAGUGGAAGAUUACAGGAAAAGGGCAAAUAUAGUGAAUUAUCGCCGUUGUUGGAUAAAUUGGAUAAAGUGAAUCAAGAACAGAAGAAACAUGAGAUACGUAUCAAGAAUCUUAUGAAGCAACUGAACGACGCCAAGACAAGAAGCACGAAAUUACAAAAAAUCUUCGAUAACGCGAUGCAGGAAUUUGUAAUUAAGAAAAAAGAAAUUGACGGUAAAGCCAAGACUGUAUUUUCUCCUCAACCAAAAGUGAGUUCAACCCGGAAUUUGAUUCCGAAAAAUAACAUCAAACUGGAGAAAGUUGAUCAACCGGCCCCAAGCAAUAAAACAAUUUCCAAUACCAGCAGCAAUUCUGUACAUUGUAAGGUUGUAUUGGAAAAAUGUCCGGUUGAUUUAGAAGAUCCCAACGAUAUCGAAUUCAAAACAAUACCUAAUGUGGAAAACUGUGAUAUGCCGAAAUAUUCGUCACCUUUGGACUAUAUGGGAAGUAAAACCAACAAAAUACUCAAUCCGAUGGAAAUACUCUGCCCCUACGAUAUGGAUGGUCUGUGUAGAGAUAAAGACUGUGUUUACAAUCAUUGCAGAUAAGGUUUAAUCCAUUCAUAUUUAUAAAAUUUUUAAGGGGAAUGCUUUUUUGCGAGAAAUUUUUCAGGAGAGUCGGACUCUCAAUUUGAAGUUUCUUUUUUUUAAAAAGAAAUUUGAUAAAAAAUAUGUAUAAAGUAUAUAUAUUAUAUGUCAAAUAACCACAUAAAUUGAAGAUGAAGUGUAUAAUAGAGAGAUAUUUGAAUUUGAUGUAAUUUGAAGUAAAAUAUUAAAUUUUUUCCCAAAAUUUCCAAUGCUAUCUCAUUUCAAGAGCAUAAGUAAAAUUAGUGAUUGAAAUGAAUUUUGAAUAGAAGAAUCUGACAUUUUUGAAUUGGUAACGAAUCUAGUUAUUGCUGCAGGAUUUCAUUGAAAUUUAUGUGGUUUUGGGUAUGAAACAGUACAAAAGCAAUGCCAUUAUUAUAUGUUUCUUCGAGUUCAACGAAGUAAAGGUUGUAUAUUUUUGUAUUUUUAUUGAUUUUUUGAAUAGAAAAUUAUUACCAA